UUGAAGUGGGCCCGUCUGAUUCAUUUUGACCGCUCUAUACAAGAGCGAUACGGUCGCAAAACGGGUCGCGAUGAGACGCCACCUCGCUGGACUCAAGUGCGACGAUCUGGUCUUUGUAUCUCGUCUGGGACAGGGGCCUCGGGUCGGUCCACUCGGAUUAACACCGAGAUGCCACCCCCAGCUGACCACUGGAGAGAUGUUCUGAUCAUCCUCCCUAUCGUCGCCACCACAGUUGCGACGGGGAUCUUUGUCCUUCGUCUCUAUGCUCGCUAUCUUGUGGUCCAUGGCUUGCGCAUUGAGGAUCUCCUGAUGGGCAUGGGGCUGUUGUGUACAUAUGGCUAUGCCACAUAUGUCGUUUACUGCAUGAUUUGGGUCUUACCGCGCGAACAGCGAUUGCGAAUCACACUGGUAAUAGAUUUCUACCUGAAGGGAUUGAAGAUAAUACUGACCGGGCCGAAUCAGGCCCAAUGGAUCUCGCAAAAGUUUUGGCCCCCCGCGCAAGUUUUCGUGAAAGGUUCCAUUGUCCUAUUUCUGCGCAGAAUUCUGGGAUGCGUGGCUCGCUUUAGGCAGGUCGCCACUGGAGUCAUUAUCUUCGUGAUUAUCUGGGGUGUAGUGGCCCUGAUUGGAAAUACCUUCCAAUGUUGGCCUGUUCAAUACUUCUGGAUAAAACACAUCGAGGGUCACUGCAUGGUGGACAGAAUACCUAUUUCACUAUUAUGGGGUCCUUUUCAGUGGCAGAAGAUGUGGUUAUCCUCUGCCUCCCCCUGCCGAUAG